AUGCUCGCAAUCACCAUUGCUGUGCUACUCCAGGGACGCACAAGCGAGGGACCGGGAUCAGGGGCCCGGGUGCUGCGCUCCACCCCGGAUUGGACGGACUCCGCCGUCAGCGGGGAGCACCUCUGGUCGCCCACUUCCGUAUCCGGCGACUGCUGCUACGUGGGUGACUCGGACUGCCAGAAGCACGGCUCGCGCAUGAAGUGCUCCGCGUGCAAGAUCGUCGCGCACACCGCCUGCAUCGACACCCUCAUGGACAGGCUGCAGUUCGCGUGCAAGCCGACGUUCCGCGACGUGGGCGUGCGCCAGUACCGCGAGCAGACCCUCACGCACCACCAUUGGGUGCACCGGCGCACCGAGAAGGGCAAGUGCAAAGCCUGCGGCAAGACAUUCCGGCGCGGUUGCUGUGGGUGGUGCAUAACAAAACAAUCCUCUGUAGAGAAGGCUACGGAAGUAAUCAAUGAUAACGCUGAUCGUUCACUACAAGCAAAACUAUCGUUCAGCUCUAAAGAAAUCGUCGCGCUGAGCUGCUCAUGGUGCAAAGAGGCUUAUCACAACAAAGAAAGCUGCUUCAAUCUUCAACGGAUAGGAGAAGAAUGCUCUUUAGGAUCGCAAUCGAACAUCAUCGUCCCGCCAUCGUGGAUCGUGAAACUGCCACGGAAAGGUAGUUUCAAAUCGUCUUUGAGGAAAUCGCCGAAGAAGAAAAACGCCUCCAAAAAAAAGACUAAAGAUUCGAAAAACGAACACAAGCCGUUCGUUAUAAAGCCAAUACCCACUACGAACGUGAAACCAGUACUUGUGUUCAUCAACCCGAAGAGCGGUGGCAACCAGGGUGUUAAGCUCUUGCAGAAGUUCCAAUGGCUGCUCAAUCCGCGGCAGGUCUUCGAUCUCACUCAAGGAGGACCAGGGCCUGGUUUGGAGAUGUUCCGCAAAGUGCCGAACUUGCGCGUGCUCGCGUGCGGCGGCGAUGGAACCGUCGGAUGGGUGCUGAGUGUGCUGGAUCGAAUCGGUUCGAAGCCGGCGGUAGGCGUUCUGCCACUUGGAACGGGCAACGACCUCGCGAGGGCGCUCGGUUGGGGCGGGGGCUACGAGGACGAGCCGAUAUCGAAGAUUCUGGCGCACAUCGGCGAGAGCGACACCGUGCUGCUGGACCGGUGGCAACUCACCGUCGAGCCGAACGGCGCUGCCUCCGGCGAGGACACCAGCAACGCCAAGCCCGAGCUGCCGCUCAACGUGGUCAACAACUACUUCUCGUUCGGCGUGGACGCCCACAUCGCCCUCGAGUUCCACGAGGCCAGAGAGGCCCACCCCGAAAAGUUUAAUUCUCGGAUCAGGAACAAGCUGUUCUAUGGCACCGCUGGUGGCAAAGACCUUAUGCAGCGCAAGUGGAAGGGCCUUGCCGAGUUUGUGACCAUGGAAUGUGAUGGAAAAGACCUAACACAUGUGCUCCGGGAACACAAAGUACACGCAAUUGUGUUCUUAAAUAUUCCAAGCUACGGAGGCGGGACACAUCCUUGGAACAAAUCUGGAGGUGCCCAUGAACCGUCUACGGAGGACGGUCUGAUAGAAGUUGUUGGCCUAACAACUUAUCAACUGCCCUUAUUGCAAGCAGGCGGUCACGGCACGUGCAUAACACAGUGCAAAACCGCUAAGAUCGUCACGACGAAGGUGAUACCGAUGCAAGUUGACGGCGAGGCAUGUCGCUUGGCACCUUCAGUUAUAACCCUCUCAAUACUUAAUCAGGCUAUUAUGCUUGCCAAACGAAAACCGGGGCGAGUUUUGGCGCCGCAAACAACUCUAGAUAAAUUGACACUCACUGUAAAUCUCAUAACAAUGAUCGAUUACGAGAGGCAUCACUACGACAAAGAAUUGCUCGCAAAUACAGCGGAGCGUAUCGGGACCUUAGAAGUGAAUCCAUCGGCUGACUUGGAACAAAUGAGGACUCUCAUUCAGAAUUUGAUCAAAGAAUCUCAAGCGUACUCAAACAUUGUAGAUUGGUGGUUUGUUGACUCGGUGACAGCGGAACGCUUCUUCCGCAUCGACAAAGCCCAAGAGAACCUCCACUUCGCGACGGACAUCGGCCACGAGAACAUAUACAUACUGGACGCGGCGCCGCAGACGCCCGACACGGAGACAACGGCGCAUCCGGACACGACGGCCACGCCGUCCUUCGACCGCACCGGGCCGUCCGUCUCCCUCGACACCACAACGGGGCCCUCCGUGUCGCUGGACAUAUCGCAGAGCGUCGACACGCCCAGCGCCGGUGUAUCUCUGGACGUGCCCGAAUCCCACGCGAGCGAGUCCGGCAUGGGGGGCUCGGCUAGGACGUCGGACGAUCCCCAAACACCACAAACGCCGCCCUCCGCAGCCGCAACCGCGCCGUCGUCACCAGCACUCGCAGCUCCCAAGAUAUCUGUAUCCUCGUCCCUCAAAGCACCCGUUUCGAGGUCCGUCACUACCAAGACGUCCUCGCAGGAUCCCAUCUCCCCGCCAUUAUGCACCAGUCCACCGGCGAAAGGAACAGACUCGUCUCACGAAUCGGUCGCGAGGUUUAAAACCAUACACGAAAAACUGUUUGGACUUGAUCAGGAAGUGUUUGGCUAUAGAAAUUUAUUGGAGAAAACCUCCGACUCACUGCUUAAAGCCGCUAAGGUGGGCGACUUGAAAAUGGUGAAGGAGCUCCACGCGGCCGGCUACUCGCUCCUCUCGAUCGACGCCACCGGUCAGACGGCGUUGCACAUCGCGGCGAGGUACGGGAACAGGGAGAUAGUGAAAUACCUAAUAGCGUGCGCGCCGAGCUCGAUCCUGAACAUGCGCGACAACGAGCGCGGCCAGACGGCCCUCCACAAGGCGGCGGCGCACAAAAGGCGGGCGAUAUGCUGCAUGCUCGUCGCCGGCGGGGCUUCCCUCACGCGGCAAGACAACGCAGGCCUAACGCCGAGGCAACUCGCGCUCAGAGCGGAGGACCACGAUUUGGCGGCCUACUUGGAGAGUCAGGAACAUUUUCAACUAGUGUCAGAAGACUUGGAAACGGCUGUU